AUGGUGCUGAUCCUGCUGGUCUUGCUGGUUGCUGAGUUGCACUUUGCUGCUGCUUUUUCCAAUAGGACCGCAGACUCCGGCUUGGGGGAUCCACCUGCUUCUCCUAAGCAUCACCAGGAGCAUCAGAGGAGGAGCGGCAUCGUGCAGAACAUUGACCAGAUCUAUGCUGCUGGGGGCAAGUUGGGCUACAUCCUCUAUGCCGACGGCAAGAAGUUCAUCUUGGACUUGGAGAGGGACGAUCUGCUGCUGUCCCCUCACUUCAGCACCAGGUACCUGGGACGCAUGCAUCCUCAGCAUCGCUUCCACAAGCAUUGCUUCUACAGGGGGAGUGUGGACAACAGUCCCCAGUCCCUGGCUGUCUUCAACCUGUGCGGAGGACUGGACGGCUUCUUUGCGGUCAAGCAUGCCCAUUACACCAUCAAGCCCUUGAUCAAGGGACAGGCUGGCGUGGGGCAGGUGUACAGCGAUGCCUCCGAGAGAGUGCUGCACGUCUUCAUCAAGGAUCGCUUCAGCUUCGAGAUGGUACCCAGCAGGGCCAGCUGCGAAACCCACGGCAAGCAUGCCCACAGGCACGGAGGCAAUGGCAUUUUCAGGAAGCACAGGUGGUGGAGCCCAACUGGAGCCAACCAGACCUCUGAUGUGGCGCUGGUGAGGAACAGACGGAGGAGGUCCAUCUCCAAGUCCAGGUACGUGGAGCUCCUUCUGGUCGCCGAUGAGUCCAUGUCCAAGAAGUACGGGAAGGACCUCCACCACUAUCUGCUGACCUUGGCAUCCAUCGCUUCCCGGCUCUACAGCCACCCAAGCAUUGAGAACCACAUCCGCUUGGCAGUGGUGAAGGUGGUGAUGAUCACCGACAAGGACAAGGGACCCGAGGUCAGCAAGAACGCUGCCUCCUCCUUGAAGAACUUCUGCAAGUGGCAGCACCAGCACAACCAGCUGGACGAUGAGCAUGACCAGCACUACGAUGCGGCCAUCCUCUUCACCAGAGAGGAUUUAUGUGGGCACCAUUCAUGUGAUACCCUGGGAAUGGCAGACGUGGGGACUGUAUGCUCGCCGGAGCGCAGCUGUGCGGUAAUUGAAGAUGACGGCCUCCACGCAGCUUUCACCGUCGCUCAUGAAAUUGGACAUCUCCUUGGACUUUCCCAUGACGAUUCUAAAUUCUGCGAGGAGAACUUUGGCACCCUUGAAGAUAAACGUCUGAUGUCAUCCGUCCUGACGAGCAUCGAUGCCUCCAAACCAUGGUCAAAGUGCACCUCGGCCACCAUCACUGAUUUCUUGGACGACGGCCAUG